AUGUCCGUCACCGAGCGCACCUACAUCAUGAUCAAGCCUGACGGCGUUCAACGCGGUCUCGUUGGCAAGAUCAUCCAGCGUUUCGAGGAGCGUGGUUACAAGCUCAUUGCCCUCAAGCUUGUCCAAUCCACUCCCGAGCACCUCGAGAAGCACUACGCUGAUCUCAAGGGAAAGCCUUUCUUCCCUGGCUUGAUCAAGUACAUGGCCUCCGGACCUGUUGUCGCGAUGGUCUGGCAAGGACUCGAUGCCGUCAAGACUGGUCGCGUCAUGCUCGGUGCUACCAACCCUCUCGGCUCCCCUGUCGGCUCGAUCCGUGGCGACUUCUGUCUUGCCGUUGGCCGUAACAUCUGCCAUGGUUCUGACUCUGUAGAGAGUGCCGAGAAGGAGAUCGCUCUUUGGUUCCCUGAGGGCGUUGUGCAAUACACUAGCGCCUUGGAGUCUUGGAUCUUCGAGUGA